AUGCCAUACACUGCGCCUGGGAAGUCGUUGCUCGCCGCGCAGCACAUCGAAUACACUCAUCUCCCCUCCGAUACCCGCCCCGAACGACCCAGCGUGGCUCAAUCUGCAUCCCAUCGAUUGCAGAACUCUCGAUCCUACUCUUCCACCUCAUACGUCCGUCGGCACAGGAGAAGCCCGUCGAUCUGUAAAUCGACCGGGCUUUCCUCCUCGGAGCCCCCAUCCCGCAUCUCCCCCACCAUCGAUCCACAUGCCAGUCUCCGCCAGUCUCCGCCGCCUUUAAACAAUGCAGCCAUUCCCCCGGGGGCGGUAAUUUCGCCCCCAGAAUCCGUGGCCAACUCGAGUGAUGAGGAAUCGUCCGAACCGAGAGACGAGAUCAAGCUUGAGGAACUCGAGGCUGCAGUGCGAUCAAUUGAACAGCGGAGAGAACUCUCACCAGAAAGAGAGACGAUGCGUACGGCCGAAGAGUCGGGAACUGAGGCUCAAUCCUCAUCGAGUCUCGCACCACCCACUCUCCAAUCCAGACCCAAGCCCAACUACUUGCGGCUUUCCAAGGAGUCUCGCAAGAUCUCCCACUCACGCUCGUCUACUGAAACAGCAGUGGAUCUCAGGAGGGAACAGGCAUUGACCAGCUCGCCGGACGACAGUGAUGCCGAGGCUACCCCUAAGCCCCCAAUGGUGAGAAAGAAAUCGGGCGAACUGGUUCGUCCAGCUCUCCGGCCCGCCACAGCUCGUCGACGACCUUCGAGCAUGCCCGGUACCCCAGUCUACGCCAAGGCAGUGCAUUUCGACUCACAAUUGGAGCACAUUCGGCAUUUCUUGCAGCUCGACCGACCCUUGGCCGUUAGCGCCGAAACGUCCCCGGUGGACAGCUACGAUGGCGAGACCGAGUUUCCUUUUGGUCAUGAUGCGGACAAAUCUACCCCAUCGUGGGAGUGGGAGUUGCGGCUCUCGAAUUUCCCUAAGGAUGCGCCCCACCGCGCUACUCAUGCAGUUCGCCUAGAACGGUUGUUCCUCUCAGCUGAUAAGAAGAGUCUGAUUGGCUCCGUCUCUGUGGCUAACCUCGCGUUCCACAAGCAUGUGGCUGCCCGUUUCACGUUCGAUCAUUGGAGGACUGUGUCCGAAGUCGUUGCCGUGUACAGCCACGAUGUCCGUCGCAAGCACGCUCAUGAUGGCCACGAUCGGUUCACCUUCGACAUCAAGCUCGAUGAUCAGGCCAACUUGGAAAGCAAGACCAUGUUUGUAUGCAUUCGGUACACCGUCGACGGUCAAGAGCACUGGGACAACAACAACGGCAUGAACUACCAAGUCGAAUUCGUCAAAGCCUCCAAGCCGGCCACGAACAAGGCAUCUGGUGGUAGCCGCCCGGCUCUUCCUCGUAGUCGCACAUUCACCGGCUCUCACUCUGGUUCUCGUCCACAGUCCAUGCCUCUCUCAUUCGAGGACUUCGCCGACGUUGGCAAGAAGGCGCCGUUCGCCAACCCGUUCACCGCGAAUGCAGGACCUCCUUUGAGCCGCAGCACCUCCAACGACAUUGAUACGAUCGGCCCACCAAAGCGUCGCGAGAAGCCACACCCACAGGCAUUCGGCAACCGGUAUGACUUUGGGGCAUCGCUGACUGCGGCUAUGCGGACCAAGACUCCCGUCGAUCGGACCACUCUGACCGCACGCGCUCGGUCUAGUCAGACCCCAGAGGCACCAAAGGCCAAGCCGGUGGAGAAAGUCUUGGACAUUAGGCCAGGUCGGAUUUCUCCAGUGAGAAAUGAUGCUCGAUCAGAGGAUCUGAAGCCGUCCUCACUGGUAUCUAGCAAACCAUGCCACGAGUCUUCCUCUUACAAAGAGCUGGUGGAUAAGUACUGCUUUUACGGUUCUCCCACCAAUAAUACAUCAAACGAGAAGCCGCCAAACUUUGCGAACUUCACCCUCAACCUUAAAGCGGACGAGACGUCGAGAUACUUCAACGCGGCUGCUCCUUCCCCUCCCCUUUCUCCCCGCUCCCUACCCCGACGAGACCCAGAUGCGACCGAGCCACCUCGCUCGGAAUCUCGUCCAGCCUCGGCCUCCCCACGCGUAUCGCCUUCGAUGGCGUUUCGCUAUCCCUACCACCAAAGCACGUUGCAGAAUGGAUUCAUGAAGGACUCUCAGUCGUCGCCUGUCAUUCGAGGGGGAUAUGAUGUUUCUUUCCUGGAGAUGCCCGACUCUUUCUUCUUUCCGUCCUUUGCGGACAGUGCAUAUGCGCCCUGUGUGGGCGCUCAGUGA